UGUAGGAGAUGUUGCGUGGGGACGAGUGGGGUGGCAGUCUGUUGUGGGGCAUGUUACGGUUGCGUAGGCAGUCCGUUGUGGGGCAUGUUGCGUGGGGCAUGUUGCCUUGGACUGGCCCAGUUAGUGUCCUGUGCUCGCUCACCACUACCGACUGGCACCACCUCCUCCCUGCAGGCCCGCACGCGCACGCCCCUAUGGAUGUAACAUCACCAUCGCCAACGAAUAUAUAAGCCCAGGCCUGGCCACCCAGGAAGCCAUCGAUGCUCCACAACAUGCUCGGCGGCCCCAUCGUCAAGCCCACAGUGCCCACGGUGGCUCCGCUCGCCGUGCCCUCCCACACCCGUCCCUCCACCAUCAUUCCCAAGGCCCAGGCCCUGGCCCUGCUCCCGUCCUCCCCCGACUCGCUAGCGUCCUCGCACCACUCGCCGCUAGCCUCGUCCCCAGACUCGCUGGUGCGCUCGGUGGCCUCCCGCGCAGGCGCUGCCACCGCCACCGUCGCCCAUGCGUUCACCCACAACCUCAACCACUCGGUGUUGUCGUCGCAGGCGUCGCUCCUCGUGGACGACUUCUGCAGCCUGUUGGCCCACAACUCGGCCAUCACCAUGUUGCCCAACUACAACAUCAGUCCCACUGGCGACGAGUACGGCGACUUUCUCUGCAUCGACUUGGGCGGCUCCACCUUGCGAGUGGCUGUGGUGUCGAUCGACCGUCCCGACUCCAGCGUGGACCCAGCCGAGCGUAUCCACAUCAUCACCGAGCAGAAGUGGACUAUCGCCAACGACUUCAAGACCAUCAACACCAACUUCUUCAAGUUCAUAGCCGCCAGAAUCAACGAUACCCUCCAGGCGCAGUGCGUGAUCGCGCGCGACUGCCCCAAAAUCAAGACGGGUAUCACCUGGUCGUUUCCGUUGGAGACAACCUCGCACAACAACGGCAGGAUCGUCCAUGUCAGCAAGGGCUACUCCAUCGCCUCCGACAUCUACAACCGCGACCUCAAGUCCAUCUUGGAGCAGGUGUUGGCUGCGGAGCACGGCUUGAACGUGGACGUCAAGAUCAUCUUGAACGACUCGUUGGCGGUCUACUCCGCUGGCUCGUUCUUGGACAAGUACAUGAAGCUCGCAUUGGUGCUUGGAACAGGCUUCAACAUGUGCUGCUCGCUCGAGAACAACGACGCUAUCCACCCCGACAAAACGUGGUCCAACGCUACCUCCGGCAACAAGACGUUGUUCAACACCGAGUUGUCGCUUUUUGGCGACCACAUGUUGCCGUACCUCCCCAACAAAUACGACUAUAUCAUCGAGCCGCGCUUCGAAAACUUCCAGUUCGCCUACAAGCCCUACAUGACCGCAGACCCAGCCACCAACUCCAUCUUGCAACCUACAGAACUCAUGACCUCCGGCAGAUACUUGACAGAGUUGACGCGGUUGGUGGUGGUGGACUUGAUCCACGCCAAGGAGAUCUUCACCCAGCUCUGCCUCUCACAGAUGUCGCCUCUCCUCAACGGAGUCUACGACGGCAUCUCAGGCGAGCUCUUGUGCUUCAUUGCAGAGACCGAUGACCUGGACGCCAUCGCUUGCAAGCUUGCAAGCGAGUACCAGUGGCCAGUGCAGGCCAUCACCCACAACGAUGUAGGUGUGCUCAAGACCGUCAUCAAUUGCAUUAUUGAACGUGCUGCGUUUGUGGUCGCCAUUUCCAUUGUGGCGUUCAUCAAGCUUCUCAAGCUUCACAACUCCCAGGAAAACAUCCACGACCAGGCCAUCAAUAUCGGCUACGUGGGCUCGGUGAUCACCUACUUCAAUUCCUACCGUGAAUUGAUUAAAAAAUACGUCAAUGCUAACGAUGCCAUAGUGAACUUGGGGGUUACUGUCGACUUCAAGUUGGUGGACAACAGUUCCAUCAUCGGUGCUGCCAUAGGUGCUGCUUACUAUUCAUAGGGCUCGUUGUAUAUAGCUAUAGACUUAUUGCAUUAUGAUUCAUGAGUGUUGGUCCACGAUUGAGUGGACUUUGCGUAGCUAUUUAAGAGUAGUAAGAUCAGGCAGUGAGACUUUUGAGAGGAAGGAGGGCCUUACGAGAGUAGUGAUCAUCGUAAGAAGACAAUAUAUCUCUGGCUGGUUUGUAAUUAUUUGGUACUAAAUUUGCAUCUGUGGGCAAGCGCUGUUUGAACCCUCGCUGCGGCUGCAGCUGCGUGCCCUUUUUGGCAUAAUUGGUGGCAGCCACUGGACCCUGCCGAUCCUUAUCAAUCCUUGAAAAUAAUUGUGUAUUCUUCUGAGCAUGGUGAGAAGAGCACAAAUGUGUGGAUUAAAUUGUAAUCUGUUCGUUUCUGGAGUAGUACCGAUUGUGGCUCAUUAGGCUCUACUUUAGGAUGUUCUGUGGUAAUGA